AUGGGUGUGGCUGUACAGACAGUCAUGCUGCCAGAAGCUGUUGUGUGGGCACAAGCGGAACAGCAACCUUUGUCCUACCUCGCUGCAGAAUUGCUACUCCAUGCCAGUGGGGGCAAGUCUGGAAUCAUUGCCAAUAUCGUCAAGACCUUCAAGUAUAUUUAUGGCCUGAGGUUUGAGGUGCAAGGUCUGGAGAACUUCGAGGUGGAGGGGCCAUGUGUCAUCGUGUCAAACCAUCAGAGCAUCCUGGACAUGAUGGGGUUGAUGGAAAUCCUCCCCGAUGACUGUGUUCAGAUCGGCAAGAAGGAGCUGCUGUACACAGGGCCGGUGGGCCUGAUCAUGUACCUGGGCGGUGUCAUCUUCAUCAACAGGAAGAGCACAAGCAAUGCCAAGACGGUGAUGUCUGGAGUGGCUCAGACCAUGCUGGAUGAGAACGUGAAGGUUUGGGUGUACCCAGAAGGCACGAGGAACGGGAAUGGGGACUUGUUACCGUUCAAGAAAGGCGCUUUCCAUCUCGCGGUACAGGCACAGGUAAAGCUUGUUACUGUGCUGUAUUCCUCAUUCACUUCGUUCUACAAUCCAGCCAAGAAGCUCUUUAUAUCAGGUAAAAUCCGGGUUGAGGUGCUCCAGCCAAUUGAGACCAAGGGCCUGACAGCCGAGGACGUCGCUGACCUCACGGAGAGAUGCUACUGCACCAUGAGAGAGACCUUUUUCAGACUGUCCGGCACAGCCAGGGAGGUGAACGGCUCAGCCCCCACCUCUCAACAAUAGUCUCCCCAAAGAGCAAGGACUGAGAGGAUCGGUUCCCGUUGCCAAAAUAUCCAAGGGACUUCUCCCCUUCCUUUGCAGCCGGCUCGGGUGAAGCUGAACUUGCUGCUUAGGGAGCCCUUAGUUGACAAACGCCCUUUGUUGGCCCAGUUCUACUGUUGAGUGAAUCGUUUGA